GAGCUGCUCCUCAUCAGCCUGCUGCAGCACCUGAAUGAGUCAGCCGUGACAUGGGGAGGUAUUUCCACAGUGAGGUCGACAUUAAGAGUCCGUGGCAUCAGGUGCUGGCGGCCUUCUGGCAGCGCUACCCAAACCCUUACAGUGCCCACGUCCUCACUGAGGACGUCCUGUACCGUGAGGUCACCCCCAACAACCACCUGUUGUCACGGCGACUGCUGACCAAGACCAACCGGCUGCCGGGCUGGGCGGAGCGCGUCUUCCCUGCUCACAUGGCCCGGGCCGUCUACGUCUUGGAGGACUCCAUCGUCGACCCGCAGACGCACACGCUCAUCACCAAGACCUGGAACCUGAACCACAACACGCUGAUGACGGUGGUGGAGCGCUGUUUGUUUGAGGAGGACCGCAGUCGGCCAUCUUGGACCAAACUGAGGAGGGAGGCCUGGAUCCUGUCUGCUGUCUACGGCCUGGCCCGACCCAUACAGGAGUUUGGACUCGCCAGGUUUAAAAGUAACCAAGCCAAAGCCAUGAAGGGGCUGGAGUACGCUCUGUCCAACAUGCAGACUGAGGCCCCGCCUCAUCUCCACGGCGUCCAGGGAGAGUCGUCAGAGAAGCACAAGCCCCUCCCACCACAGGCCACACCCACCUCCACCCAGAAGCCCAAGCAGUUUGUUUGAACUUCUUCUUCUGCUGUUAAAUAGAAAUCCUGCCUCCAUAGAUAAUCAGGUUAAUCAGUACGAAGGGGGCGGGGCAACAACUCCACCUCAGCCGUGAUUGGUUGCAUUGUGAUGUCAGUCUUCACAGGAAGAGUGCUGCUUUUUAAUUUGACUGAAAUGAUGAAUGAACUACAAUCAUUCCCAGAAUCCCUUGGGACUGAUUUACACUGUCGUCCUGAUUGUUAUUUUAAAUUCUUUUAUUUGAUUCAGUUUUUUUCCUUUUUCAGUUGAAUCUGUAGUUUUUAAUUUUUAGGCAGUUGAGGCUUCUGUAUUUAGAACGAUAUCUAGAAAUGUCUUUAUUAGGAAAUAAACUUAACAAUAUUCAGAAUUUCUUCUGCAGGAUUUCAGUUUUUCUAAUGUUAAAUAUUCUGACAUUUUAAAACAUUUGCAUUCAUUUCCUUUUACAGUCACUUUUUUAUUUUAAUAUUAACUUUUUUCACUAUGAAUUAUUUUAAUUUAUAAUAUAAAUUUAUAAUUAACUAUUUUGCUCUCACUUUGUCAUUUUGCAAAUGUUUCAC